CGUUAGUGAUAGUUGAGGUGAGGCAGUGAUGGCUCCUCGUAUAUUACACUACGUUAAUAAACAACUAAGAUAUUACUCCACCAGCUUCACAAGUGGCAGGAAUUAUGAUGCUAUUGUUGUUGGCGGAGGUCACAAUGGUCUUGUUGCUGCAUUUUACUUGGCAAGGGCACAGAAGCGUGUAUGUGUACUGGAACGACGGCAUAUUCUUGGUGGAGCAGCAGUGACUGAAGAGAUUAUCCCUGGAUAUAAAUUUUCCAGGGCAUCAUAUGUCCUUGGAUUAUUGAGGCCAAUAGUGUAUGAAGAUAUGGAAUUAAAGCGCCAUGGUUUGAAGGUGUAUCCUCGAGACCCAAGCUCAUAUACGCCUUUGCAUGAGAAGAACUGGCAGAGUGGAUGUGCUAGGUCUCUGAUACUUGGACCACAUGAAGCUCAGAAUUACCAGCAGAUUGCACAAUUCUCUGAAAAGGAUGCAAAGGCGUAUCCACAGUUUGAGUCACAGUUGAACAGAUUUGCAGAAGCUCUUGAAUGCCUUCUUGAUUGUGCUCCUCCAGAUAUUAGCAGAUUCUACUCUGCAGGAUUUGCAGAUAAAAUUAAACAGCUUUCUGCUCUAAGGCUACUUGCAAAGGCUGUCUCAAUUGUGGGGAAGGAUUUUCCUAAAUUUUAUGAGCUGAUGACUGCACCAGCAUCGAAGAUCCUAGACCAGUGGUUGGAGUCGGAGCCACUGAAAGCUACAUUAGCCACAGAUAGUGUCAUUGGGUCCAUGAUGAGCCCAAGCACCCCUGGAAGUGGGUAUGUGUUACUUCAUCAUGUGAUGGCUCAGUUGUCUGGAGUGCGAGGCUCUUGGGGUUAUCCAGAAGGAGGAAUGGGAGGAGUCACUCAGGCUAUGGCUCGGGCAGCUACUAAAGCAGGGGCACAGCUCUUCACUGAUAAGCAAGUAAAAACUAUUCUGCUUGGCAAGAAGAAUGAAGUGGUUGGUGUAGAGACAGAGGAUGGCUCUCAACUUUAUGCCAAGACAGUUCUUUCAAAUGCAACAGCACACACAACUUUUCUGAGACUCCUACCAAAGGGCUCAUUACCUCCAGAAUUUGAAGCAUCUAUUAAAAGUAUUGACUACAGAUCUCCUGUUUGUAAAAUUAAUGUUGCUCUGAAAUCUUUGCCAAACUUUAAGGCUAACCCCAAUAAUAGGGAUAAUUCAGUAAUGCCUCAUCACCGCUGCACAAUCCACUUGAACUGUGAGAAAACAGAACUGCUGGAGGAAUCUUUCUUACAGGCUUCUGCUGGUCUUAUACCAGAUAAACCCCUCGUUCAAAUGACACUUCCAAGCAGCUGUGAUCCCACCUUAGCGCCACCUGGGUGCCAUGUGGCAUUGUUUUUUACUCAGUACGUGCCCUACACUCUUGCUGGCGGCUGCCCUUGGGAUGAGAAUGCCAAAAUAGAAUAUGCUAACAAGAUUUUUAAUAUAGUAGAGGAAUAUGCCCCAGGUUUCAAGGAAAGUGUUGUGGGCUAUGAAGUUUUGCCACCACAUGAACUGGAGAAAGUGUUUGGCCUUACUGGAGGAAAUAUUUUCCAUGGUGCGAUGUCUCUGGAUCAGUUGUUAAUACUGCGACCCUCAUCUAUGAAGCCAGGUCCAUUCACACCCAUCCAUGGCCUCCUGUUAUGUGGCUCUGGAGCACACCCAGGUGGAGGAGUAAUGGGAUCUCCAGGUCGUCUUGCUGCUCUUUCUGUCUUAACGACAUAAACUGUAUUUAUCUGUGUUAUUAUGGCAUCAGUGUAAUUAAAAUUAAUAAUCAAGAAUUUUUGCAAUUGGAUAUUUAUUACAGUACAAUUUUAAUUUCAAAGUAACACUGUUACAAUAACAUUAUUAUACAAUAGUUGAAAUCUUGUAUGAAUGACUUCUACUAGUAUGAAAACCACCUACUAACCUGACAGAGAAAACCCAACCCAGGUGAUUAUCUCCACCAACUAUGUGAUCCAUUAACCCCCACACAGAACUCGCAGGAUGACCUUGCAACAAAGAGUACAACAUUACAUUCACAAGGAUGACUUCCCAAGGCCAAGGGUACUGAGUGAUCUACCAGGAAAAAUUGAAGACUGGAUAACACCUGAACCAAUCUAUGUACAAAAUAGGUAAAUCCAUCACAAUACUGUGACAACACCAACACCACGAAGACCACCAUAGGCAGAGCAAUGAGCCAGCUGAAGGAAGAAACACUGUGCCUAGCAAGUACCAGCCAGUGAGCCUUGUGCCCAAAAGCCUUCCAAACUGUAAACUUACCAUAAGGAGUUCUACUUCAUGGAAGAAAAAUAUACCUACACACUUGCACGAGUAUGCAUAGACAUUUGCACACUGCAGCUCUCGUCUUACACCUUUUCAAUCUCGUUUGGUCCCAAAGGUUUCUCCCUCUCCAGUCUGUCACUGCCUUUGUCUUACCCAUUCGUAUGCCAGGUACUUUGGACCAUGACCCCUCUCGUUAUAGACCCAUUGUUGUUAUUAAUGCUUGAUGAUACUUGUGAACCUAUUAUUGUCUUUCCCCUCAUCAGUCUGUUUUCGUACAGGCUGUUCUACUAUCAACCCCUUAUUCCACAUGGAUAACUAUGUUUGCAAUGCCUUCACUGAUAACCACUUAUUACAAUUUUUUUUUUGACUUGAAAAAUCUUAUAAUAUCACCUGUCAUCAUAACAUACUGGCCCAAGCUUAUUCUUUGAGUCUCCAAGACAGUUUUCUACUUUUCUUUAGGGAUUUCGUGUCAGAGAUAAGUACACCUACCCUCCGACUUACGACCUGCUCAACAUAUGACCAUUCGACUUAUGACCUUGUUUUCUGUGCCAAAUUUCUGGGAAAUAAACAACUGUUUGUGUUGUACACAGUGUUUAUCCUAAACCUUACAGUGUAAAAUACAGUACUAACAGCAUAAAAAGUAAAGUAAAUGAAGAAAUACCAAAAUAAAACAAAAUAAAGUCAUUACAAAAAUGUGAUGUUGAUAUUCGGUAGUAAUGUUCGACUUACGUCCAUUUCGACUUACAGCCAGUUUCUCGGAACCGAACUCAGUCGUAAGUUGGAUGAUACCUGUACAAGCAGGCCCCACUUUACAGCAUUUUGCUGAUACAGAGGUUUUUCAAUUAUGUAUACCCAUUCUUUAUUUAUUCAGACCUCCUACAAUAAAUAUAUUUACUAACUAUAAGCUAAAGAAAAAAAUAUUUUAAGGUAAGUAAUGCAUGUACUGUAUAUGCAUCUUUUAGACCUAGCUAUAUUGCUCACUUAACCCGUUAACUGUCCAUACGUAGAUCUACAUUCACUCUCUCAGCACUCCAAAUAUUUUGAAUUUUUUUUUUUUUAAUUAAAGAGGGCAAUUUUCUGUGUGUAAUACUGCCAAAAAAAAAAAUUAGGACCUAACCUAUUUUUUACUUUCCUCUUACAAUGGGAGUGUUUGCUCUAGCUGGCACUCAUUUGAACUGGUGCUCCCACAAGGUAUUAAGUGGUCCCUGAUUUUUCUCAUACUGUGCACACUGAGUGUGCAGACCCAUUCUUUCAUGUCUAGGCAACUCAGGCCUAUCACACCAAAUUUGAAGGAAUGAAAAAUAAAACAUUGAACUACGUUCGGAGUGCUGCGCACGUGCACGUAGAUCUACAUAUGGACAGUUUAACCCGUAAAUGGUCCAAACGUAUAUAUAUGUUCUUACCGCUAGUGCCCCAAACGUAUAUAAACAUUUUAUUUUUCCUGCCUUCAGAUAGGGCACUAUUGGCCUGAGAUGCCUUGUCAGCAUAGAAUGGGUCAUAACACUCGGUGUGCACUGUAUUAAAAAAAUCUGGGACCACUUAGUACCUUGUGGGAGCACCAGUUCAAAUGAGCGCCAGCUAGAGCAAACAGCAAGGCAAACACCUGGGAUUCACUGAUUUCAUGUAGUAUUAAUUCUCCCAUUUUAAGAGGAAAGUGAUGUUGACCCCGAGUUUAGUGGCUUUGAGGUGGAUGUGGCCAUAAGUGGUCUAGGAAAUAUAAAAAAAAACUCGAUAAUAACCCAUGUGCAACACCCUUUCAGAAUGUCUUAUAACCUAUGCCCUAAGUAAAGAGAAACAAUUCUGGAAUGUAAUACUUGUUCAGCAGGCUGGCUGAUUGGCUGGCUGGCUGGCUGCUGGCGGCCUGGCUCCAUUUGUUUGUCUGUGUCUAUCUCUGUCUCACAGGUACACAUAAAUACAGGUAUACAUAGUGUAAAUUACCAAGGAUAACCCAAAAAAAUCCAGACAAAGUGCUAUACUCUCCUUGAAGAUAUGAGUUAACGUGAUGAUGCAGUCUUGUGGCUCUCUCUGAGACAGAGAGCUAGACAGAUAGACAGGGAGCUUGACAGACAGGCAUGUUUGUGUACCAGCGAAAACAAAGCUAGGGCCGAUGCUCAUCAAAUGUCACCUCUAAUCUUAUCAAGUCUUAUCACUGCACCCUCACGUAUGCUCAUCAAAGGUCAGCUCUUAUCAAAUGUUAUCUCCUCUUAUCACGUCACUGUCAGGGGUGGACUUUGUUUUUCAUGCUUCAAGGGAACUACUACUUCCUCUUCCUCCUCUUCUUCUUCUUCUUCUUCCUCUUCUUCUUCUUCUUCUUCCUCUUCUUCUUCUU